AUGGACAUGUAUUUCUACUAUAAAUCCAUAACUGAUGUUUCUUUAUAUAACUGCAGCUCAUUGACCAGUGAAGAGAUGAAUAACAUGAGAGCGGUCCGAAGACCGAUCAGAGGAGUAUCUUCUAUUGUGUUCGGAUUCUCGAUGGCGAUUGUCUAUGUUCUUUGUCUUCAUGCUAUGCUACAGCCGAAGUUGGCCAGCAAGGCUUGUUACAAACUAAUGUUCUGCCUAGGCUUAUACGAUCUCUUCGCAGUUAUCGGAACUGACUUUUUCCAAGGCUAUAACCUAACUGUGGGAAGUUUUUUCUGUGAUGCGCCCAACUUGUAUUACGUGUUUGGAUGUCUCCAUAUGAUGUGCUGGGCAGGUGCAUCUUAUUUCUGUCUGUAUUUGGCAUUUAAUAGGGUGAUCGCAAUUUUAAAAAUUAGACGUGAAAUCAUCGACUUCUUUUUUUCUCCGAGCAGAACCAUGUUUGGUUGCAUCGUAGGAGUGUUGUAUUCUUUUUUCUACCUUUUCUUCCAAACACCUGUUUUGUAUUCAAAUAUAGAUGGUUGUAUAGUGCCUGAUCCUCUGAGACUGUUGGGUAAAGUAUCUUUUGACAUUCGUUUCCGACCUCUGAUGGCGAACAAUUAUGGUAUAAUAGUUGCAACCUUCACCUUGUAUGGUGCUUUUUACAUAAUAUUCUACAAGAAUGUUCAACGCUUGACUGAUGGGUCUUACAAUCAUUCAUACUUACAUCAUCAGGUCUUCGUCCAAGCAACCCUUAUGUGCGGCUUCACACUUAUUUUCUCAUUGUGUUAUUCAUUGUUCUAUUUUCUUCCUACCCUGGUUAUUCUGCCCAAAUUUGUUUUUGUUGCUUAUCAAUAUACAAUUGGUCUUCAAGCUCUCAUCUACCUAUUCUGCAAUGAAAGCAUCCGCAAUGGGGUAAAAGAGAAUGUUUACAAGAUGGUAGGAAUGAAGCCUCNAUCCGCAAUGGGGUAA